AAGCAGCUCCGUGGACGCGGAAGUUACAAUGUGACAAGUGUCGUUUGAAGUUCACGUGGAUCAAGGGUGUCACAAUUCACUUGGAUGGCAUCACACGAACGAAUAACAUCCUCAGACUUACCUAGGGAUACAGGCAUGCCCACAGUUCUAGCUGACGACCAAGCGCACCACAUCGCCAAAUUUGUAGCGAACAUCAUUCAAAGUUCUGUGGAGAUUAUAAAACAGGAACAAGAUUUACUCAACUUCCUGGACGAGGCCUUAGAAGGACUUGGAGACGAUUAUUCAGAGGAAAAUCAAGUUACCGAGCAAAACAGACUUUCUGCAGAAUACUCCACGAUGACGAGUGUAGCACCUAUGCCUAUUCCUAUCUGUCAGUUGAAUGGAGAACCCAUGCCUGACUGUGAUGACGGUAUACAGAAGGACCAGCCAACUCCUACAGACCGGCCGGAGAUGGACACUUCCAUGGGAGCAGACAUCCCGGACCUGUCUUUGGUGAAUACGGACGGUAGUAAACAGAACAUCAGUGCGUACAUACAGGACAUCAUCCGAGAGGCACACGAGAAAGUCACCAUCAGCGAGGAGACGGCGCCCCUAGCAACGGCGGAGAGCAGCAUUCAAGAUGACGUAACACUCACCGGAAGUUACUAUACAGACGACAGUCCUUCAAAAGAAUCUCGAAACGCAACGCAGUCGGAAAACAAACAAGAAACGCGGCUUUCGGAUUCCGCGGUAGAAGUUCCAGCCUCAGAUGUUCCUUCGACAAAAGCUGUUGUCAAUAACAACGACCACGAAAAAUCGCCUUUAUCUGAAGACAUGGACGAAAUUAUCGAAAUCGAAGAUGACAGUUUUGGACAGCAAUCAUUCGUGGAGAUGAAUAGUAAAGAUCGAGGAGUUCCGAAUAAAAAUAAGAAAAAACGCAUCAGCAGAAUCAAAGAUUCUAUUCUGAAUUUGUUCUCAUGCACGUCAUCACGUUCAACAAAUACGUCAUAGUAUUCCAUAACCUCAUUUACAGAAAUGUUCUAAACAUCAACAUAAGUGUAUUAAACUGACUUCAAAUCAAAAGUGCAUCAGAGGUGUAUACAUACCGGAAAGUAAAGGACACAGCAAUGAGGAGCGGAAGUGACGUUCACUUGAUUUUUACAGGGUAAAUUGUGUUCAAUGGUUUUUGAUAUCCAGAAUCAACAUUAUUGACGUCAACUAAGCCGGCUUCCAUUGAUUACGACAUCAUCAUUGACGUCUGUGUGGUGUUACGACAUCAUCAUUGACGUCUGUGUGGUGUUACGACAUCAUCAUUGACGUCUGUGUGGUGUUAGCACCAAGUCUGAAGUUGAUCAUAUCACUUUGUCUUUACUGUUCUGUUGAAUCACUGACGUAGCAGGUCACAUAUCCGUUUUAUAUAUUAUUGAUACAAUGACAUGUACUCGCCCGGUUUUAAUGAUCCGAGGAGUUCCGAUACCAAUACACUUCUAUAAGGAGUAUUUAUUAUUUCGGAAUACAUUUCGGAAUACAAUAGUGAUAUAGUAGUGUUGUCGGUGGUUAUACAAUUCAGUGAUUGAAAUGAACUGUUAUGUCGGAGUAAAAUAGAUCCAUUCAAGAUAAUAAUUAAUUUGAUUGGAAGACUUUUGGACCAUACACCAGUGUCCCUGUGUAUAACAUCUAGCAUUGUCAGGGAAUUUCCUGUUACAUUGAAGACGGCGACAUGUCCCUCUGUACCAGGCAGUGUUGAUGGUAUAUAGUGUCGUCCUGUGUACAACAAAAACGGAUCAUUAAAAGCCAAAAUAGAAACUGACGUCAUAUCCGCCUGCGCGUGAUUCAGUUUCCUAAUUUGAUCGACAUUCAAAUGAAAUAAUAUCAUGUUAUUUUGUCUCUGGCUUUCUUCAAUUUCGCCAAACACGUGACCUCAUUAAGCCGAAAGUGAUUCCAUAUAUCCCGAGGGCCGACUCGUUCCUUUCGUUACGGAAGUCACAUUACCUCAUAAGAAAAGCGGCCGGAAGUUCAGUAUACUGACUACUGGGGAUAUUGUCCAAUGACACGAUAUAUUCGUCAACCACAAGGGAAGUGGGAAAGUUUGAUGACAAAAGAUGCUCAGAUCUCGGAAUAUUCGUAACAAUGUCUUUUCUAAAUAUAGAUUGUAUUUAAUUCUUUGUUAAACUGUUUCUAUAAAGGUUUGACUCCUAGAAUACGAACCGACUUACAUUAAUGUGUGUCCGACUGUCUGGACGAAGAAUGUACUUGUGGAUGUAGAAUGGAUUGUUGUUGUGCUCAUUCUACACCAUUGAGCGCCGCCUAGCGGAGAGGAGAUUAUUCUAUUUGAGUCUUGUCUACCUUUGGGUGAAGUUUUAUUUAUCUAUUUAUUCAUUUUUUUGUGUGAAUUAGACACAAUUAUAUGAGGUCAACAUUCUAGUUUGAACUGUUAAUUUAUUCAACUGAAGUAAUUAGGCGUAGGUUUGUGAGAGAAAACGUUUUAUAAAACAUGAUAAGUGUUUUGUAUAGAAGUCGGUGCGAUGAUUUUAUUUUUAAUUCCUCGGAGACAAUUUGUGUUGUCUCCCUUAACAUCACCACAAUACAUUGAUAUUAUUCAAGUGUCUCGUUUUAAAUGUUUUUCAUUCUCAUCAUUAUAAUUAUAGCAUUUGCAUCAUGUGUGUUAAAUCAAAUGCCUGGAAUCUAAUCUUCUGUCAGUUUAAAAUACCAUGCACUUUGCAAAGUAUAUGAAUGUACAAUGUAUGUAUGUAUGUAUGUAAAUGCUACUUUUUAUAGCAGAUAUAUACCAUUUUAUAAAUGAACGGUGUCAUUGUAUGUAUGCGAGAUAAAGGAUGUGUGUGUUUGAUCUAUACAGACAUCCAUCAUAGUGUGUCAUUUCGAUAAUGAUAUAUACUGUAGUGAUAUAUAGUGAUAUUUAUGUCUCAUUACAGACUUUCCUUAGCUAUAAUGAUAUAUACUGUAGUGAUAUAUAGUGAUAUUUAUGUCUCACUACAGACUUUCCUUAGCUAUGACGUGUACCUGUGAUUGUAUGUUUAUUUUGUAAUUUAUAUAUGCAAGAAACUGGAAUAAAAGUUUAUAUGAUUUUU